AUGUCAACAAAGGGUUCGUGGAUGACUCUGAAAUUCAGAGGUGUUGUAGAUGUGGUUCGUGCCAGCAGAUUCCAAUUAAGCUAUGGUGGAUUCAAGAGGAACACACCAAUUGUGACAUCAACUAGGGUUGUACAUGGAAGCAGUUAUUGGAUGCAACCUAGCAUACAAUUCUUUAGCACCAAAACAAACACAAGCACUAACGCAAAUAGAUUAAAGGAUGAUGAGGUUCAACCAGAAGCACCAGAUUCUAAAAUUUUCGCCUUUUCUUCAUGGGUUAAAUGGGUUUUGUGUUCAUUAGUUUCGUUCAUGAUACCAUUCUGGAGACAAAAUUGGGGAAAACUACAAAGAAUAGAAGAGGAGGCAGAGAUUGUCAUUGAAGAGGUUGAAAAAGUUGCAGAAGUAAUAGAAAAAGUGGCACAAGAAGCCGAGAAGGUAAGUGAAGAUAUAGCAGAAAAGCUUCCCGAGGAAUCUAAGUUAAAAAAAGCAGCUUUGUCGGUUGAAAAUGUAUCACAACAAAUUGCACAUGAUGCUCAGCUAACAGAAGAUUUCAUACACAAGAUCGAAGAAGUCGCAAAUGACAUGGAUGAAUUAGAAUCGUUUGUGGAACCAGUAAUUGACAAGAUUGUAAAGAAAAAAGAAACUUGA